AUGUGUGGAGUGGGCGCGAACAAGGACCAGGUCAAUGGGUGGUUUUAUCUGGUGGCCUCCAUCUCCAUCUACUCAUACAUCACGUUUUGGCUCCUCGUCCUGCCAUUUAUCGAGAAGGACUUCCAUGUGAUACAUUCCCUGUUCCCACCAGCAGAGUAUGCCAUCAAGACGAUGGUUGUUGUAGGCAUCUUCGUGCUCACCAUUGCCAGCACCUUCAUGGGUAUCGUCAUGCUGCGAAGCCAUGCCGCCACCGUGGAAGCACAAAAGAGCAGCAGCACUGCCCGCAAGCGAACGUGA